UUUAGAGAGAGAGAGAGAGAGUCAUUAUAUUUCUCUCUCCUACUCCUCAUCCUCCAAGUCCCUUGGUUAUCCCAAUCCCCAGCCUACCGCAGCCAAAAGCCACCCCCCCUCCCCCAAUCUUUCCUUUCUUACAAACAAAACCCCUCCAAACCCUAGCAGAAAAGUGAACACAUUUUCCCAAUUAAAUUAUUGUAGUGUUUCAUUAUUAUAAUAAUUUUUUAUUAUAUAAACCACCUCACAUUUCCCAAGAUUUGCAGCUUCCUAAGUUGUUGUUUGUUGUUAAUACUGGGCAACAUUGGAGAGAGAUAUCUCUCAAAGAAGAGUCUUUUAUACAGAAGCAUUAAAACACAACAGCAGCCAACAACAAACAAAUACCCUUUGGCCUUCCCUCAUUAUUGUUCUUUCUUUCAUCCUUGCUUUCAAGGAUGCUUCCUACCACCUGCAUUCUCUUAAUAUGCCUCUUGAGCUCUCUCUCCCCCCUCACCAAAGCUUCUUCCCUCAACCUCACCCUCCCUCACCAACACCCCAACCCUGAAGCUGUUGCUCAAGAAGUACAAAGGAGAGUCAAUGCAUCUCUAUCCAGACGCCAAAUGCUGUCCCUCGAACUCAAAGAGCAACAACAAUGUCUAAUCGGCAACCCAAUCGACGAUUGCUGGCGCUGCGACUCGAACUGGGCCAGAAACCGCCAAAAGCUCGCCGAUUGCGGCAUAGGGUUCGGCCAAGACGCCAUGGGAGGCAAAGGAGGCCAGAUCUACAUCGUCACCGACUCGUCCGAUCGGGACCCAGCCAACCCAGUCCCGGGCACGCUCCGCCACGCCGUGAUCCAAACGGAGCCCCUCUGGAUCAUCUUCUCCGCCGACAUGACCAUCAAGCUUAAAUGCGAGCUCAUUGUCAACAGCUUCAAGACCAUUGACGGCCGGGGCUUCAACGUCCACGUCACCGGCGGCGGCUGCAUAACGCUCCAGUACGUCUCCAACAUCAUCAUACACAACAUACACGUCCACCACUGCAAACCCGCGGGUAACACUAACGUCGCCUCCAGCCCCACCCACGUCGGGUGGCGCGGAAAAUCGGACGGCGACGGCAUCUCCCUCUUUGGCGCUCGCAAAAUCUGGAUCGACCAUUGCUCGCUCUCCUACUGCGCCGACGGCCUGAUCGACGCCAUAAUGGGGUCCACAGGGAUCACGAUCUCGAACAGCUACUUUGCCCACCACGACGAGGUGAUGCUUUUGGGCCACGACGAUAAGUACUUGCCGGACUCGGGAAUGCAGGUGACGAUUGCGUUCAACCACUUCGGUGAGGCACUGGUGCAGCGUAUGCCUCGGUGCAGGCGCGGGGACAUACACGUGGUGAACAACGACUUCACGCAGUGGGAGAUGUAUGCCAUUGGCGGUAGCGCUAACCCCACCAUUAACAGUCAGGGGAAUCGGUACACUGCUCCCCAGGACCAAAACGCCAAGGAGGUAACAAAGCGCGUGGACACGAACGAGGGGGAUUGGUCCGACUGGAAUUGGAGGACCGACGGGGACAUAAUGGUAAAUGGCGCGUUUUUUGUGCCCUCAGGGGCGGGAAUGAGCACUCAAUAUGCAAAGGCCUCAAGCACUGAGCCCAAGUCGGUCGGCCUCAUCGACCGCCUCACAAACAACGCCGGUGUCUUUGGUGACCCCAGGAGCAGUACGAGCGUGUCACACCCCGGAGACGACGGCGGUGGGACCAUCACCGAUGGCACCAACACAGGAAGUGAAGGGUCCAGCGGCGGUGACGGAGACUAUUUUGGAAUGAUAUUUGGGAACGGUGCUCCACCAAGCUCUUCAUCAUCUUCAAACACAAUCUUCUUGUCACUUCUAAUUAUUUUUAUUUUGUACGUUACCACCAACCAUGGUGAUGCUCUAUUAUCAUUACCCUUAUUAUUAACAUUAUUAUAGAAUUCAAAGAAAAUAUCAUUAUCAGAUAAAAAGAGAAAAAAAAAGGGAAAAAUUUCUCAAAUGAUUUGAUU